AUGUGUGAUCCAGAUUACUUGCCGGGACGAGCCGCCAGCGGAUCGGAUGAAACGCGGAAGAAAGACAAGACGCCUCUCAACCUGCAUGUGAGCGAGAAGGGCAACAAACCGGCUGUCCUUCUGCAAACCGUUACCGCGUGGGUGGAAAGCAAGAACAGAAGAAAGUUGGCCCGCAUUCUCUUCGACAGCGGUAGUCAGCGCUCCUUCAUUACAGAGGAGCUGUCGAGGGGUCUUGGUUGCAAGCUUCUCGGAACGGAGGUUCUUACCGUAGGAGUGUUCGGUGGCAAGACUAGCGAACAAACGUACCGUAGAGUUCAAGUAGUUUUGCGUAAUCGUUUAACCGGCCAGACAUACGAGAUAGACGCCCUCGAGACGCGUUCUAUCUGCGAACAAGAACUUCCAGGUCCGGAUGAAGACAUCCUGGUGAAUAUGGAGGAGCUCGGACUGACGGUUGGUGACGACCUGAACGGACUCGAGUGCAACGGAGUAGGAAUCCUCUUAGGAUCGGAGCACUACUGGGGGUGCGUUACGGGAAGAGUCCGUCGACUGAGCGAGAACCUGACGGCAGUGGAGACCACCUUUGGUUGGGCAGUACAUGGACGUUCCCAAGCGACUGCAGCUGUUGUCAACUGUUCCCAAGUGAUCGUCCUCAGAGCUGCCGUGAGCGACCAGGAGAACACGGCUGUCCUGAGAGGAUUUUGGGAGCUUGAGAGUAUGGGAGUUGUGGACGCAGAGGUCCAGGAUCAGUCCGAUAGCGACAUCAUGCAGCGCUUUGAGAGAAGCAUCACCAAAUCUGAUCGAAGAUACGAAGGAGGGUUCCAGGCGGAAGCUGCGUAUGAAAACUCCCUUUGUUACCAAAAUUUAGAGCUUUAUCUACAAAUAACAAAUAAAGCGCGUAGAGUAUGGGCGACUGUCGUUUACAUCUAA